AUGGGCUCUGAGCAAAUAACCUUAUUUGAUCUCGCCAGCCAAGCGCCGCAUACUGCGUGGUCCCCGAACACGUGGAAGACGCGCAUGCUCUUCAAUUACAAGGGCAUUGACUAUAAGACGGAAUGGGUUCAUUAUCCAGAGAUUGCGCCGAGAUUCACUCCACACAUCCCGCCUAAUGACGGAGAGGGCCAGAAGCCAUACUCAGUUCCCAUAGUCCAGUUCCCCGACGGAACGUAUCUCAUGGAAUCAGGGAAAAUCGCCAAGGCUAUUGAGAAGAAAUACCCCUCUCCAAUUGUCCACCUGGGUUCGCCUAUUGUCCACAGGGUAGAUGGCCUUGUCUCCAAGUGCCUCCUCGCCAUGCAUCCCAAUCUACUCUACAAGUUUUCUCAAGUCGUUCUCAGCGAAGAGAGCUACGAUUACUGGGUUGGCAAAUAUACCGAAAAAUUUGACAUGCCCCUCGAUGAGUAUGAGCGCCAGUUGGGCGGCGAGAAAUCUUGGGUCGCGGCACUUCCGUACCUGAUCGAGCUGACCAGUCUUCUCAAGGAGAGACAAGCGGAUGGACCUUUUUUCCUAGGCAAGGACAUAAGCUACGCUGAUUUUAUAUGGGCGGGAGCACUGAUCUUUGUGAAGCGAGUAGACGAGAAUGUGUUUCAAGAAAUGCUGGGUAGAACGGGGGCUAGAGACGUGCAUGGCAGGUUUUUCGAAGCGUGCGCGCCUUGGAUGAAGAGAGAUAGCUACUAG